AUGGCGCAACUUCCUCUGCCAGGCCUGGUGAGGCAGUCGGGAGCCUCAUGCCACCCUUCACCUGUGGUCGAUGCACUGAAUGCUGACUUCCAUUUAAUUUCUAAUUUUCUGAAUGUCAGUAGCCACAUGGAGCUGGCGGCUGCUACCCUGGACAGCUCUGACACAGAAAAGUCUAUUGCUAAUCUUUUAUACACGAUGUUCCAAUCAUCAUUCAUCACUGAUCACUGCUGGUGCCGCACAGACCUGAUGUCAGACACGUCUCUGCUCUGCCCAGUGAGUAAACCUUCUGAGCACAAGGGGGGCCAAACGUUCCUGAAGCGUCUCUUGCCUCAGCCAUCGCGGUCAGUGUCUAGGACCUCGGGCUACUGGUGA